GCCGAGACGUACCUAUCCUGUUUUUAGGCCACAGUUACGGAGGCAUCUUCAUCAUCCAGAGCUUGAUUAGCUCUAAAGGUCCCAAUGUCAAGCCUGAGGCUAUGUAUAAACAUACCGCCGGCAUCUUCCUGGUCUCGUGCUCUAGUCUAACAUCUAGCCACUCGACCAAGCUUGUGGCGAACUUCUUGAAUGAGAAGCCGGAUGCCAGGAUUUUUGAAGAGAUGGCGGCAGGGAUGCCCACGCUUGAUACGCUUUCCCUAAGAUUUAGGAAGAAGAUUCUUGAACGAGAGUUGAAAAGGAAGCAUUUAGACUGCCACCAAAACCAUAUGGAAGACCCCUCCAAUGUCGAUAGCACUUCGGUUGAAGUAAGAUUUCCUGUAACGCAAUUGGUGACGCGGUCGGAGCAGACACUGGAGAGGGCGUGCUGUACUGACUUUCUGAAACUGCAAUCCCCGAAAAUAGUCCUGCACAGGGAGUUUCAGGACGCAAUCCGUUUUAGCAGCCCUUGGGAUAAUGACUUCUUGCACAUGAUGUUGCUUAUGGAUGCCAGCUUUCGGACUCGAACUUUCUUGCAUUCAGUAGUGACUGGUAAGUAUAAGCGUACACGAAGGAUGAUACAGGGUGGAUUCAACGUCAAUGUACAGGACAGCUGGGGUCAAUCGGCCUUACAUCUAGCCGCACGGAAGGAUGACGAAUCUAUGGCUCGUUUACUACUUUCGAGAGGGCGCGCGAACCCAAAUAUACGGGACGAAGCACUCAACACACCACUUCAUUACGCAGUAGAAAACAAUAACGCAACUAUAGUAAAGGAACUCCUUGCCGCGGGUGCCGAUAUCAAUUUGAAGAACAAUUGGAAGCAGACUCCAAAAGACCUGGCAAGCUCCAACUCGUCUGGGAGUCGUAUACUUGGACUUCUGAAAAGCCGUUUAGUGGAAGGCCCCGGACAAAGCCUUGCUAAUGGCCGACUCAGUAAUGGUACUCUGCCUGACAGCCCAUGGGGAGGAUUGGCGUGCCGGAAUUAUCAGAUAUCAGUCUCUGAGAUCUUUGAUUGUUCAUAUACCGACAGGCAUUGGACGAUAUCUGUUUCUGUUCAACAGUUGUUGUAUAGUGAUUCGACGUUAGAUGAGAUCCUCAACGCCGUGCGCCCAGAACCCGUCCGCGGGAAAACCCCCUUUUGUACAUGGAUUCAUAUACCUGAAAACAAUAUGAUUUGGGUGGAGGAUCUUUUUGCUAAGUUGGACAUCCACAAGUCGAUCUGGCGAGGAAAAGCUGGUCCCACCAGCGACUCACUUCGCAAUCGGGCCAUAGCGCCACACGUUGUCAAGGGUGAGAUUAACUCGAUAUUUGUCCCUUACAUUAGCUACGAAUCCAGGGCUCGGCAAGAAAGGAGGAGUGAAUAUGUCGCAACAGUGAACGAGGAAUUCGAGCGGCAGAGAUCCACUCGAACAAUGAUGGAGCAGCAUGCUCUAGCUGGCUCUCUCGAGACAUACGCUUCGCCGUCACCGAUUGUCAGCAGCGAGUCAGACACAUUGUUAAAUGUUCCCGAGAUGGAGGCAAAGAGCAUUUACCCAGAAGCGAAUGGGCACGAUAACAAGGAAAUAAGUACGAGCUCACAUGGUAUCGAAACCGACCCUCACGAAAUAGAUGAAGAAGAAAAGGGUCUGAUUAGAACCUACCUGCAUAACCCAGCAUCUCUGCAUAUGCGGCGCACUCUGGAUCAGUAUUACUAUCACAUGCUUGGGAAUACACGAGAACGUGAUACAGACCAGGUGGUGUCCAGAUGGGCGCAUAAUGUGAAGAAUAUGCACUUACACAACAUUCUCAUGGUGGAUCAGCUAUGGCUCUGGAGCACACGCCGAGCGGGUAACUUCGACUAUGUUAUCUCAUCAUUUCCCGGCCGGAUUGGGGUUGGCCAAUCUAGUCAUCCUUCGAUCGACGACCUGUGGUGUUCGGUCCUCGUCCCCGAGAAUGAAAGGCGCGAUCCUAUUCACUAGACGGAAGAACUAGUCUCUCGGAUUCUUGAGACAUGCUUUGAUGGCUUUGGCAAGUUGCAUUCCUCGGAUAUGCUUCGAUUCUUCAAUAUUUUUGAGGAUUCAAUUGGCGCAGUGGAUGCUGAGGAGACGAUGCUAUUUCAAGCUUUCCAGGAAGGCUCGGAAGCAAGUCAUAUUCUUCAAAGAAAUUUCAAAUACUUUGACCAGCAGAAGCAAGCAUUACUUGAGCAAGUCUUGGACAUA